CAUCCAACCUACCACCGUCACCCAGACGACCACAGUGAUGGAAGCGUCCCCUGUCAGCUGCUCCCCAAGGUCAACCAGUCGCGUGACCCCGUGCCCGAGGUCACAUACGGUGACCUUGACCUCGUCUUACCCCGUCAUACACAGUGUGACCGACUGCACUUUGACCUCCUGUCUGAUCACUCCAUCCUGCUCCAGUUUUCCGCUAAACAGUGACCUCCCCGUGCUGACAACGACGGAAACUACCACCGAAACAACCACUGAAACAGCAACGACGACAGCAACAGCAACAGCGACAACCGUUACGAUGCUGGAGUCGAGCUGUUCGGUCGCAGCUGACAUGAUCGAGGCCACGCCAGUGCUGGAAGCGUCUCUAGAGACGGUUGCCUGGACUUCCGCUGUAUUUGAGGAGUCUGGAUUACUGGCGACCUCCAGCGACAUAAACUGCGACCUGUGUGCCACAACCAAAAACCUGUCCCUCACGGAAUCCGAGCUGUGGGAACUCCGACAGUCUGUUAUAGCCGACCUUUUGCUGGAGGCAGACGAGUUGUCCAAGAAAAGACGGACAAAGGAGAGCGCCCCCGACCACCGACCAACCGCCCAGAUGUCUGGAGCUGUAGCCAUCUGUUUUCUCUUCCUGGUGGUCUUUGUGAUGGUCGUCCCAGACAUCCCAACUUUUUAUCUGCAUUUGAGGCGCUACCCGUCCUGA